GAAUGAUGCAAAAGUUGAAUGCUUUAGCAAUCAGUUGUUUUACUCGUCUAACGUUUUGCUUGUUUUGUUUGGAGGAAGUUAAUAAAUAACCUUGACCUUGUUUGCGGCCUUGAUAUUCGAGUUGCUUGUAAUUGCUGUUUUUCUUUGCGUGCUUUUUAAAAGAAAAGUGCUAAAUAGCAACCCAAACAUACUUCCUAACUUACAUGUGCUUUAGCAUAUUUUUUGACACGUUUAUCAGUCGUUAUCGGCUUAGCAAAAUUGCCGUUCUAGAACAGUGAAAGUGUAAAAAUGGGUGAGAAGUUCAAAAAGGUGACCCAUGUAAUUUUUGAUAUGGACGGUUUGCUACUCGAUACGGAAAUAAUUUAUGAGGAAAUCAUUCGGCAAAUAGCUCAAGAAUAUGGUAAAACCUUGCCGUUCGAAGUACGUAUUAAACUCUUGGGCACAACCAAUAGACGUACUUAUGAACUGGCCGUAGAGGAAUUAAAAUUGCCAAUUAGUGUAGAAGAAUUUGGAAAAAAAUUUGAGAAACUAACAUUCGAAAAAAUGACCGAUGUGAAGAUGAAACCAGCAGGUGCUGAACGCCUUAUGCGUCAUUUGCAUGCUACAAACGUUCCUAUUUGUUUGGCAACAAGUUCAGCCGAAGAUAUGGUUCAACUUAAAAUUGCCAAUCAUCGUGAGGUGUUUAAUUUACUUAGUCAUCGUGUUUGUGCUUCCACCGAUCCGGAAGUGAAGGAAGGUAAACCAGCUCCCGAUAUAUUCCUAAUUGCCGCAUCACGUUUUCCCGACAAACCAAAGCCACAGCAAUGCUUAGUUUUCGAGGAUUCACCGAACGGGGUAAUGGCGGCUUGUAAGGCUUGCAUGCAAGUAGUAAUGGUGCCCGAUGAACGAGUCUCAGUUGAACAAAGCUGCCUAGCCACAUUACGCUUAAAAUCGCUACUUGAUUUCAAACCAGAAAUGUUUAGUUUACCGCCUUUCCCCAACUAAUCAUAGCAAAGAGAAUUUCUAAAAAACUGCAAGUGCUUUAUCAUGAGUACCUUUUUUUAUCACCUAUCACUCUAAAUGAAUUUGUUU